GCUUCAACGACGCGCCAGUCGAUCAGCGGUCACUGCCCGGCACACAGCACGCACGCAGGCUUCCGCCAUAUCAAAUUCACACCCAAGCUCCACUAAAAUGUAUCAAAAUGGUCAUUCUUAAACUCGAAAAAUGCCGACGCGACACUAAAGUGACGGAAAUCAUCGCGCUUUUCUUCGAGCCGAAUCAUCCCAAACGUUUCUACAAGUACAGUUGACCAAAUCGACCCGCGUUCCGGGAUUUGGUUUGUGUUCUGGAACAAUAUUGUGGUAACAAGCCGGCUAGAUAAAAAAAGUUGUGUUACUUUCGCGCGUUCGAAAUUCGGAAUUUAAAUUCUAAAAUUGACUUUUUAUUUUUUCGUGAUGGAGAAGUCGAGGUAUCCGAGGAUCCACUCCUACGGGAGCAUGAGUUCGAGGAGUGACGAUGACAUGAUCGUGCACAGCCAGCUGUUUCCAUACCCGAAGAAGAUGAUUGUUGAGAGGGAGAUUUUGUAUGAGGAGGAGCACCCCCCAUUCCAGCCUCUGUUUGCUACAUCCCGUUUCUUUGGGAAGGCGAGGUUCACCUGUCUACUGCUGAUCUACGUGGUGUUCUACAUGGUGUACCUAGUCACUGGUGCACUGGUGUUCUCAGCGCUCGAAGCUCCCAUGGAGAACCAGAUCAGGCUUGAUGUCAUCAAGGCGAAGCAGGAGUUCAUGCUGCAAUACCCCAACGUCACAGACGAAGCCUUGGAGGCCCUGCUGGAUGAGGUGAUCCGAGCCAGCAACGUCGGAGUGUCAGCAUCCAAGAACGUCAACGGCGGGCCCAACUGGAGCUUUGGACAAUCCUUGUUCUUCUCGUCCACUGUGGUGACCACUAUUGGUUACGGCCACGUGACUCCUCUCUCGAAGCCAGGCAAGUUGUUCUGCAUGGUGUACGCCCUGUUCGGAAUCCCGUUGACCCUGGUUCUGCUGUCGGCCUUCGUUGAGCGCCUGCUGGUGCCAGCGACGGCGCUGCUGAGGACCCUGAAUGCUUCCCUGGGGCACCUCUUCCAGCCGUUCACUAUCCGGGUCAUGCAUUUGACUAUUAUGGCAUCAAUAUUGGUGGGACUCUUCAUGGCUGUCCCGGCGGGUAUAUUCGCGUCGCUGGAGCCCGACUGGGACUACAUGGACUCGCUGUACUACUGCUUCAUCUCGCUGACCACCAUCGGGCUGGGCGACUACAUUCCCGGGGAUUCCCCUGGGCAGGCUUACAGGCCGCUGUACAAAGUGGCCACCACUUUUUACCUGCUCAUCGGGCUGACGUUCAUGAUGCUGACCCUGACGGUGUUCUACGACAUCCCCCAACUGAACUUCAGCACCGUGUUCUCCUCCGUGACUCUUCAAGAGGAUCCCGAGAAGAUGCGUCUUAGCGGUUCAGGCGUCAUGGGCCAAGGGUACGGGAUCGGCGGGCUGGUGAUGCGAGAUGACUUCAACCACCAUGACCAGCGCCGUUCCGUUGUCCACAUCAGACCCCACCUGGACGACAGCCCAAGCCCUGAGGACACCACACCUGUCCACGCCCGAGACAUGCGAGUGCAUUGAACGACUCACAACCAACUAUUGUCUCGACCAGGGCCGAAUUUAGCUGCGCCUGCUGCUUCAACUAAACUUUAAGGCUGGGUUGCACCAUCUUACUUUAACUUUGACAAACUUUUAAAUCUUAUUGACAGGUAGCUAAUAGCUCAUAAGAUAGGCCCCCUUAAUAAUAAUUGAUGUUUAUUUAUUGUCCGUGGUGCAUACUAUCUUUUCAUAAAGGUUGCUUACUAAACCUUUCUGUUUGUCACCUGUCAUCCGCUUUGCAACGGAGGGAAGUCGAACCUUAACUUCGAACUCCUCUUAUGUUCUUCUGAUUAAUUUCGUUGCGGAUCCAAUGACAGUUUAACUUUCCCCCGGGACAAACUUGACCUUCGCUGGUUAGGUUUUUAUUGGCGGUCAAGCUGUAGAUCCUGGCUACACAAGAGUUGCAGCGGUGGGAACGAGAGGUGGGAAUAGUCCUGUUAAAAACGUCAUAAACCCGUCAAAUUCCAUACAAAAAACAUCGGUUAUCGUUUACGGUCAAAGUUAGGUGGUGCAACUUAGCCUAAAACUUCGUAAUUUCAAUCCCCGCUAAAAUCGGCACUGGCCAAGGACGACACGGCGACAGUUCUCUCUAAUCUACGUUUUGGAUUGUCCUAUCACUUUCACCAGUUUCUUAUAAGCGUGCAAGUUCGUGUGGGUAGUAAGAUAUUACGCGUCGCGGGUAGUUUGACUCGCGCGGAUGGCGUCUGGUGCUAGCUCGUUGGAAUGUUUAAAACAAAACCACUCCCUUUAAUUUAGUAUUUUACAAUGUAUUUAGUAGUUUAAUUUGUUAACAUUGCACAUACAUUAAUGUAUUAGUCGUAGGAUAGGGUAUGUACCUACUAAUCCGUCUACUUUUUCUUUUUCCUUGCCUUCUGUUUGUCUCACUUUCUUCUUCUGAAUAUUCAGCCGUGCCCGUUAUGACAUUAUUAUAUAUAAUUAGCAUUGACGUGCCGUUAUUAUUUUUUUAAUUCGAUGUUUAAAUACCUAUAGUAGUACCUACCUACUUCAUGUUUCUUACAGUGCCAUACGCCCUAUCCCAUUAAUGUUAGACUUAAUUAUUGUAAGAACUGUAAAAAUUUAAUAAUUCGAAUGUCGAGUCCGACUCGAAGUUAGUUGGUACAAAAUUAUUAAUAUCUUGUCUCAAAAUAAUUUAGUGCAUGAUUGAUUUAUAUUAUUGGUAAAUUAAGCGCGAAGUAACAUUUAUUUAUGUAUGUUUGUACUGUUUUUAUUAAUAUAAUAAAAAUAUAUAAGUGUGAAGCAACACCGUAAGGUAAGUUAUUCACGUCCCUGACUCUUUCGUUAUGUUUUAAGUUAAAAUCCAUUUUAUCGAUAACCGUCCUUUGCUAUUCAACAUUUGAAGUCUUGAAGGUAUGAGCACAUUUGAUGUUUCAGAGAGCUGCUGGUUUAACUAGUUGAACUGAGUUUAAGACUGACGCGGUUUUUUCAAAUUUUCACACUUUUCUAAUUGUUUUUAUAGAUUUUUUACGCAAACAUGGUGAAAGAAAAUACAGAUAAAUUGACGAAAACAAAGUAAUAUCAGAACAGACUGACUACAACGUACAUCCCUCUACGUAUACGUUUUACACGCUCCUAACUUAUAAGAAUUUACAAAAAAUACCUACUUUGGACGGAAACUGCAUAUCAACUUAAUCUUUGCAUUAAAAAAAUAAAAAAAAGGUUCUUUCAAUGACGAUGCUUUUUGUCAUCUCUUUGGUGAAAAUAACUGGUUUACUGUCGACGACAAUCGUCUGCAAAACACAUAAUAUGUGUUAUUAAUCAAUGUUAAACUAGGUAAACCUUGACGUACGUAUCAAUUAUGUGUGAUAGAUGACCAAAUAAUUUAGUAGAACGUUUGGAUUUAAAGUAUAAAUUAUAUGUCUCUAGUAGAUGAAAUAUAUUAAAGAUGCUUAAAAUGAAGAAAUAUGUAUCAAAUACUUAUAAUUAGUAAAACAUUUAUAUAAUCUUACGAUUUUAAAUAGAAGACGUAUGGUAGGUAUCUACCAACGUUGUAUAUCUUUAAGUAAAUGUAAUUCUAUAAAAAACACACCUAUAUCUGACUAUGUCAUUCUUAAGACACUCUAUCUCAACCAACUAAACUGUCGUCACCCAAAUCGACUAGAACAACUUUUCUCCAUUUAAUUAUUGUUUUUGGCAGUAAUGGCACCAUCGUAAUAAUGGCGCGUUACAUAAAAGUUUCGUUAGUUUAUUCGUUUUAGGAUCUACCACUUUAUUAUUUUAAACUUUUCUAAUUUUUAAUCUUUGUAUUUUUCGUUCUUAAAAGUUUGUGUUAUCAAUUUUUUGUUGCAAUUAAAUCGAAUGCAACUAAUGACAAUAUUAGAUAACUUAGAAAACUAAAGUAUAUUUACACCAAAUCAAAUUAUUUUGUUUAUCGUUGAUUGAAAGCGUGUUAACUCUAUUUAAAAGUUUAAUUAAUCUGUCCUGCUAUCAUAAAAUACCUCAGUAGGUACUUUGUAGUUCUUUUGUUUAUGCCAUCAUUUACAGAGAAACAUCAGCUAUAUCUUAAAAGCCCUCUUACAAUGUAAAUGAAUUCUAUGUAAUUUUAUUUGAAAAUAAGGUAGCAGAAUAUAAUAAGUUAAGUAUUGAGUGUUAAAAUGUCUAUGAAAUAACUGUAAACGUAAUGAUAAUCUUAAUGAUAAUAUGGAUUUAAUUACAAUAUCCGUUUAGUAGAAUAGAACGUAGUGCGUAGUAGUACACAAGCAUUGAAUGGAACCGCAUGAUAGAAGCCAAACUGUAUCCAUGAUUCUUAAAUAAAUCCGCUUUAAAAUGGA